AAACCUGAUAACGCAGGCGGGCGGGCAUGCGCGAAAUAUUUUUCAAUGAACCUAUUUAGAUUUCGGUUUGACGCGGCAAACCGGCAGCUUUUGCCUUUAGUUUCGGUUUAACACGCAAGCGGUGCGGUCGCGUCUCGCGUUGCCUGCACGACAUUGGCCUGAAACUCGUGCAUAAAUUUUUCAAUAUAAACGUGCAUCCAAAGCUGAGAACGCAUCGUUCGUUUAAUAAAAUGUUGAAGUUUCAAUGGUUUUUCGUGGGCGCGCUGCUGGUGAACGCGGCCCGCGCGUUCUCCUGGGAUUUUGUUGUAUCAACAAAGGAUCAGUUGGAUUUUUAUGUGAAUAACACCAAAACAACAGAGCACAUGAACGGCAGACAACCCACUGUCUUGGACUACGAUAGCGUAAAUGACAAUAUUUUAUUUGUAGACGUGUAUAGUAAUUCCACGUACAGUUACCAUUUACCAACAAAGCAAAGUACAAAGUUGGUUAACUCAAACAUUUUAACGUUUGAUCUGGCUUUCGACCCGGCGAAGAGAAUUUUAUUCUGGAGCGAACCCCAGGUGAAGAGUAUUUACUGGACAUCCGUCAAGCCCGGCUCGAAGAGUACAAAUGGAAAUCUUCUGUUCAAAAUGGAAAAUGAAAUUCCCGAAGCGCUCGCCGUGGACAGCUGUAGAGGGUAUAUUUAUUGGACCAAUACGAAUCUCUCCAGUCCAUCGAUUGGGAGGGCUAAGUUCGACGGUACAGACAGAAAAACGAUCGUUAGCAAUAUAAGAUACACCCCAGUGGCUAUAACUUUAGAUCAACAGACGAAGAAAAUUUACUGGAUUAACUCAGAAGGUAUCAACUAUUCUAUUGAAAGCUCAGAUUUAGAUGGCGCAAACAGGAACAUAUUACUCACGGCUUCAACGCAUCACGACCCUAUCGCUAUAUCGGUGUCCAAGGAUUAUAUUUAUUGGAUCAGCAAAGCCACUCAUUCCAUAUGGACCCUGCCAAAGAACUCCGAUACUUUAACGGAUCGCGGUAAUGAACUGAUCAAAUCCAGCAACGAAAUAAUCGAUAUAUUUGCUCAUUACAAAAUCGAGGAUCAAAUCCGUAACAUCGAAGAAUGUCAACAUUUGUCGAAUUUGACGGAGAGCAAACGCGUCCAAGAGACGACCACAGCUCUACCGGCUAUCGACUACACUGAAUUCUGUGAACACGAUGCUACAAAUGAGAACCGAUUCAGUUGCAAAUGUCCCGAAGGAAUCUAUAGGGAGAGAUGUGAAGCAUUCGUUUGCAUGAACUAUUGUUUUAAUGGAGACUGCACACUCAAUAAAGACGGACAACCACAAUGCGGAUGUAAAGAGGGAUACUCCGGUAGAAGAUGCGAAAUCAAUAUUUGUCGCGGUUACUGUCUGAACAGCGGUGCCUGUACUGUGGAUGAUAAACUGAAGCCAAUUUGUAAAUGUCAGCUAGGACACGAAGGUUCUAGAUGUGAAACCGAUGUACGGGCCACGACCACAAGCAAAAACAUUGAGUCUACUACAAGCACUGUUACUGAAAUAGCUAAAACAUAUAAUACUAGUGAUUUACCAAGAAUCCCGUCCACUUCAAGCGAUAAUUGCAAUUGCACCUCUAUCCGGGCGGCCGCUGAUGCAUUCGAAUCGGAAAGGAUGGCAAGCGGUGAUGGAGAAUUCGUAGAUUCAGGCGACUCCGGCGUCGAUAGAAGCUUAAUAGCGUUGGGCGUGAUAUGCGGGGUGUUGGCCAUCACUUGCGUUAUGCUCAUCACUAAAAUCAUGCAGCUGACGAAGAGACCAAGAAUAAAGAAGCGUUUCAUUGUGAACAAGAAUGUAACACCAAUGACGGCGCGCCCCGACCAGUGCGAGAUAACCAUCGAGAACUGUUGCAAUAUGAACAUCUGUGAGACGCCUUGUUUCGAACCGGGAUCAACUAUACGGCCUUCCCUUCUCGACGCAAAGCCAGGUAAAGAAGAAAAGAAGAAUCUAAUCUCACAUAUGGAGUACCCAGAAGAUUAAUUAAAGAAUAUCAGUUAAUUGAAAUGUGUAAAAUCCAAAGUUUAGCAGGCAUAACAAAAUUUUAAAAUCAGUUUUAGUUGCCGAUAAAAAACGUAUUGAAGAAAUGACAAUUAAUCAAUUUAUAAUUGAAAGUACUCUAUUAGUUGAUGUGUUAUUGAAACUGAGCUAAGUGAAAUCAAAACAAUUAUCUUAGACUAUGAUCGUUUCACUUUUUUGCACCGAUGUUUACUUUUAAUUAUUUACACGAGACAAGGAAUUUCUUUCAUUGUGCCAAAGGUUGUAUGGUGAUAUUUAAUAGGACCAUAAUGUGAUGGAUUUUUCAACAACGAUAUAAUGUCGAAAGGGCUGUGCUAACAAAAAACAUUUUAGAUUAUUGUAUCGGUCUUAAAUCAUUGCGAUCGGUGAUCGGUGAAAAUUCUUAAAUUUAAUAGUACGAACAUUGCGCGCGCUAAAUCGAAAGCAAUCGAAACGUAUCAUAUUGUAGUAAGUACACAAUGUACAAGGAAAGCUUAAUGCUUUCGGUGAACUAACGGUUCAAAAAAUUUGUAUGUGAUUUCAACAAGUUUAAGAAAAAACUUAUUGUUGCUGAAAUAUGCCUCAGUGUUGCAUGAUUAUUAAAUUCACAACGUGCCUUCAACGUAAAUAAAGCUAUAAAUGAAACAAUAAAUAGGGUUACCGCCAAGCCGCUACGCAACGUACCAACUAUUAACUGAAUUUUUAUUAUGGAAGAUUAAUCAGUUCACAUGGAUCACAUUUGAUGUUGCUGCACAUUUGGCAAAUUUAAUGUGACUGAUUAAGUGUGAAUAGAAAAAAUAAUAAGUUUUUUUUAAAGAGCAUUUAACUAUUUAAAUAGUGUACCAUUUUGUAUAAAUUUAUAACUUCUUAUUUUUAUUUAUUGAACCAAAAAAGAUUAUGUAAAUGACGUUCUGUUAGCGUUUCAUUAUUGGACAUAGCUUGAUCUAAUUGACUUGUUCGUUAUCUAUUUACAAAACAAUAUAUAUUUCAACUUAAUUUAUUUAUGUUUAAACGUCUUAUGCCGUGUUGCCGUAUUAAUUUAACAUUGCGAUGUGUUCCAAUUAAUAAUAAGCGGAUAAGACUUGUUGACUAUUUGUAAAGUAUGAAUCGAGUGAGAAAAACGGUUUCUGUCAUAAAUUUUUAUCCCUGAUAUAUACGUGGCGUCCUCUUGCUUCAACUUAGAUGUUCCUCGGUUCUAACCUAUUUCAAAUCUAAAGGAAGAAGGAAGUUCUCAAUAGGGGCUGUUCAGUCUCAUUUCGUUUGCGACGGGUACAUACACGAUAGUCGUUAGAAUGGUGAAAGAAUCAUAGAUCAUGCACUAUAGAAUGCUGGAAUAAGAAGGGAAUGCUGUGACGACUAUGUUCGUUUGCAAAACGAAUACUAUUAUAUUCGUGACAUUAUUAAAUUGCAAUAUAAAGUCAAUAUUCAGCUAUAAAAUCUUCAUAAGCGGUAUGUAUGUACUUAGUAUUUAGUUUUUAUCAAGUUUACUUGCCAUUCUGAUGGUUGUCAGUGAAUGGGUUAAUUUCGUACAGUCAUGUUAAUUGAAGGCAAAAUAUAAACCAAAUUUCCUUGCGUGAAGUAAGAGGAGAAGACACUAAAACUAUCAAAAGGUUGUAUUUUUUAUCUCUUAUAAUGAAAUAAAAUUGGUAUUUGUUGAUUUCUAAAGUAACAUUAACACUUUUUUGUUUUUAUUUAUGUUUUGUAGGUGAUGUUUGUAGUUUCGAGAUGAGUUUUUUUUUUGUUUCUAACAAAGUGUGACCGAGGGUUCUUAUGGAAAAGUAGUGUAAGGAUUUACGUUCCUAUAAUUUCUAAUAUCAUAUUUUCAAAGUACCUCAAUAUAAACUGCAACAACAAACUUAAAUGCCGUUCAUAUUUUUAUGUGAUUCUGUAUUAAAUUUAUUGACAUUAAUCAAAUAUUGUAAAAUUGAAACAUUUUUUGAAUUAUUAUCUAACAACAUGAUUGUGACAUCUUAUUUAUUUAGUAGAAUCUCAUUUUGUACUAUAAAUACCAAAUUUACUUAAACCAUUUUCGUACUUAUGUCCAAUUACAAUUUUAAUAAAUAUAUACAUUCAUAUUAGUAUCAAUUCACAAUAGUAGUGACAAAGAGAUUUACAUCCUUUUUUUUAAAAUACCUCAAUUUUUUUAUUUUUUUUGACAUCUUACUUACCGAAAUUGUCUCCAAAUAAAUUUCAAUAUUAUUUAUGGCUACCAACUAAUGCCUUACUCUUUGUCGCUUGGACGGAGGCUACAGGUAGAGGAGGGCUACCUUAUUCAUAAUACUAUAAAGAUCAAAUGGAAAGAGCAAAAUUAUCAAUGAACUUAACAGUAAUUAAUUUCAUUUCAAAAUAUUGCUAUACUAAAUUUAUUUAUUAUUACUUAAAAAUUGAUAAACUGUGACGCUAUUCAAAUUUUUGGCUUUUUCAAACAAAAUUGAUGCUUUUCACAUCUACCCUCCAGUUUAUACAUAUUUAUUAUUUUUGUUUUUAACUUUUUAGGCACAAGUAUACUAACACAAACGCCUUACAAUAUAUUGGUGGUACUUAGCUGAGUAGUUAGAUAAUUUAGAUUAUAGUACUUAAUUAGCUUUAGUCAGUGGAUUGAUAAUAUCCACAUCAGAAAUGUGAUAUUAUUGAGUCUUUGUAUAAGGAUCCAUUAGUUGCGUAAGUUUUAAUAUGAAAAUAAAGAGGUUUGCAAAA